AUGGGAUAUGUGUUGGGACAGCAUGAUGAAACUGGUAAGAAAGAAAGGGCAGUUUACUACUUGAGUAAAAAGUUCACUGAGUACAAGUCUAAGUAUUCCUCGUUGGAAAAGAUGUGUUGUGCUUUAGCAUGGACGGCGCAUCGACUCAAGCAGUACAUGCUAUAUCAUACCACUUGGCUCAUUACGAAGUUGGAUCCUAUUAAAUACAUCUUCAAGAAACCAUCAUUAUCAAGUAGAGUGGCAAGAUGGCAAGUGUUGUUGUCUGAAUAUGAUAUUGUAUAUGUGUCCCAAAAAGCUAUCAAAAGAAGUGCAAUCAUAAAUUUUUUGGCGGAAAGGUUGGAGGAAGAUUAUGAACCAAUGGAGUUUGAGUUCCCAAAUGAGGACCUAAUGUCUAUUUGUCAAACAAAUGAGGAGGAAUCAGAGGAGAAAGAGAAUUGGAAGAUGUUUUUCGACGGAGCUUCGAAUGCCUUGGGGCAUGGCAUAAGGGUCGUGUUAGUGUCACUAGAAGGAGAUUAUUAUCCCGUCAUAGCUAAACUCAACUUCUAUUGCACCAAUAAUGUGGCUGAAUAUGAAGCUUGUGUCAUGGGUCUUCAGGCAGCAAUCGAGAGGAAAAUUCACGUUUUGGAAGUGUAUGGGGAUUCUGCUUUGGUCAUUUAUCAGUUGCGAAGAGAAUGGGAGACACGCGACUCGAAGUUAGUCCGGUAUCAUAAGUAUGUUUCAAAGCUGAUUGAAAAUUUUGAUAAGAUUCGCUUCACCCAUUUGCCCUGA